AUGUUCAUUUGGGAGAGUAAAAUAGGCAAGGUGUAUAAAUGGAAGUAUGCGGGGCGGGAAAGAUUGGGAGGGGGUUUGAUAGUGAUUUUGGCAUUGCUAUCUUUAGUGAGUGGGUGCGAACAUUUGGAGGACGGCCACAAUGAUACUGGUUUAGAUGAUAAGGAUGGUAGUUUUCAUAGAUGUAUUUAUUAUGAAGAUAGUGCUCUCUUUAUUGCGCAACUUAUGGAUUGGGAUGAGUGUGGUCAAGAGUUGAUUAAGUCGCCGAAGCUUAAGGCUGGGUCGAAGUAUAUACUGGAUAAAAUACGAUUGGAUUUAGUUGAAGGCCAUACAAAGGUUGAUAAUCUUUUAGCGGCUAUUGAUAGCUAUCAAACUAAGACAGAGAGAACAGCAAUUUGUUCUAGCAUUUCUUAUCAGCACGUUUAUAUUAAGUGUGUUAUCUUUGCAGAUAUUAAUGUGUCGUUUUUAGAGAAGUUAUGGGCGAUAUUUAGUGGGUUUAAGUCGGCAGAAACGCUGACUAUCAAUGGAGUUUACAGAAUUUCUGGCCUAACUACUCCAAAAUAUACAGCACCAUCGGCUCCACUAUUUAAGUCUACCUUAAGCAAAAUGACCUUUACUCGUGUUCAUGAAGAUCUUAUUGUCUUUGUUUUGGCUAAAUAUCGGUUACUUGUACCCAUCCUUAUUGAUCUAGACCAAACAGUCCUUCACAAGACCGAUACAGUCAAUUAUCUUUCUCGGGUUGAGUAUCGACCGUAUCUUAAAUUGGCUGCAGGGGCUAAGACACGAUUCCUAAGGAUUGGUGCUAUUCAGCGCGAUAUAGCUGAGCUUAUGAAUUACAUUAAAACUGACUACUUAAAUAAGCGCCGGGCCCAUGGCAUUGAAAUCUCUCUUAAACACCUAAUUAUCUACCUAAACCUUUUUCGACUGGCCAACUUAAUAGCUGAUGAGAAUGUGCUUAGCACUUGGAUAACGACGGAUAUACUGCAUGAUGUUGUCGUGAUUGAGAUAUAUGAGCCUAAAUUGGGUCUGCUGACAGACGGGAUGACGAAACUCAGACAUUGUGUCAUAGAAAAGGAUCAGUUGCCUCAGGUGCUUGCUAUUAGUGCUGCUUUUAAGUAUACAUUCUACUUAAGCCACAGAUCCUUGAUUGAGCUUACGCGUUGGUGUAUGCUAGUAUUUCCCCGAAUAGAAGUCUUUCAAAUCUACUCUCCUCUUGUUUGGAGCCAUGAUGAGCAACAAGUCCAAUCAGCUAAGUUCAUGCUGCUCAACAAGAAAAAGCGGCUGGCUAGUAUUUGCUUAUAUAAUGCCCUGCCUGUCUCAUACAAUAAGUUUGGUGGGGAUCCGUUUGACGAAUCAGCGUCCCUUAACAAUCACACGCUGCCUUGUUACAACAUCACUCAACUCGGCCACAACGAUGUCUCGCACAUAAAGAAUGCCGCCUUUGUGCUUGACAACGGCCUCUUCCUACGGCUCCACCAACUCCUAGGCGAUCGAAAAGCCCUCCGGAUAUUGAAGAAAAGCGAUCCCUACGGCAUAAUGGCCAAUCUUGCCCAAAUGAAAGAACGACAGCGAGUUUUAAGGCCAGAGAUGUCUGUUGUCAAACCAAUCGCGGCAAUAGCCAUUUGCAAUGCAUGUGGUACUGGGUUCGAUGUUUUCCCUAGCCAAAAGAACCCUGAAACUGUGCCACUUCUCUUUUUGAAGUGUCAACAUGCUAUUUGCCAUGGCUGUCUCGAUCCUCUAGGGUUCGAGUCAUGUGCUUUUUGUUCGACUCAUUUCACGACUGCGGCGGGUAAGUUAGCCCUUCCUGUCUAUCGGCUACAAUACCAACCCCAAAAUAACCCUCAAGAACUCAAUGAUAGUGAAGCAAAAACAGCUCUUGUCAAGUCCAUCUAUGCCAAGCUAAUUGACCUUGAUGAAUUGCACCAGCAAGUGCACAGACAGUAUCAGAAAAUCCAAAAAACAGAUAAGUUCACCACGAUUCAAUGCAGCUUAGAAAAAGAGCAACUAGCUUCCAACCCCCAAAAUCAGGUCAUGGCCCAAGCGAUGCUAACCCAGUAUCAUCAAGAUCUUAUUUCAUUCCCCGAGCUAGUCAAGCUGCUAGAGAAGAGGAAACCAGUCACAUCAGAUCGGCUUAGCAUAUGGAGAAAGCUGAGUUGUUUAGAGACUCGCCGCCAGCACCACCCCAGAAUCUAG